AUGUCUCCCUACCAAUUCUUGUCACUGUCUACCAAGCCUUCCGCCAAACUAUGCUAUAGCUUCCAUCCAGCUGUGGGCACUGCCAAGCCUGUGCUGAUUGUCUUUGUCAAUGGCCUUGGCCUGCCACAGACCUCCUGGGAGGGGGCCAUUACACGCCUUCAGACACAGCCUCCCGCUGCUGGACUGCCCGCCAUGCUGACCUAUGACCGCUACGGUCAGGGGCAGACCACAGACCGGGAUCCCGACGACAACACCGAGGAUCCCAUGCACGGCCAUGAUACAUUGACUGUGGUCCGGGACCUUCAUCAACUAAUUACUCAAAUCGCGUCCGAGAAAAUGGGAAUCUCCAAUCUGAACCCGGGCAGUCUGUCCCUCGUGCUGGUCUCCAACUCCAUUGGUGGCGCGCUGGUGCGGCUCUAUGCUCAAGAAUAUCCCGGCACAGUGGCAGGCCUUCUUUUCCUGGACAGUGUGCUGGCAAACUCCGACUUUGUCUCUAUCUACCCGGACCCUGAUGCACCUGGCUUCGACCCAACCAGUCUGCCAGAUGGGGUGACGGUGGAUGCGAUCCGUGCUGCUCGCGCGUAUAUGCAGCGGGUAUUUCACCCCAGUAAUGGCAGUCGCGAGGGGCUCAGCCGAAAGAACCUGGCGCAACUAUUGCCGGAUAGCGAUGGACCCAAGUUGCAGGGGCCGGACGGCGGUCCCUGGGUAACGGUUGUUGGCCAUGAGUUUGAGGCGUUCAAAACCGAAUUUGAACAAAUGGGUGGCGCCCCGCCAAGACUGACGGAAGUCUAUAUGAAUCCUUACUGGCAUCGGUUCAACGAAGGAUUGGCUAAGCUUACUGAGCCUGCUCGUAGUAAGGGUCCUCUGCAGGCACCAGGGGCCGGCCACUUUGUCCAGCGAGAUAACCCGGAGCUCGUGGCAAACGAACUACGCGAAAUUCUCGACAAGAUUCUGUGA